GUGGGAAAACAUGGCUGCGCCCGCGCUAGGGCCGGCUGGAGGACGAGGCGCCGGGCUCGGUCUCGUUCUCUCUUUGCCUCUGGUCUUGCUGCUGGGCCGGGCGGCGGGGGGCGAAGAGGUCGGGGCCGAGGCGGGCGCGGCGUCCCUCGCGGGCUCGUGCGGUUGUGGCACUCCCCAGCGGCCCGGGGCCCAUGGCAGCUCGGCGGCCGCGCACCGAUACUCGCGGGAGGCGAACGCCCCAGGCUCGGUAGCCGGAGAGCGACCGUUCCCGCCCACCAAGAUGGUCCCCAUCCCUGCCGGAGUAUUUACAAUGGGCACAGAUGAUCCUCAGAUAAAGCAGGAUGGGGAAGCACCUGCGAGGAGAGUUGCUAUUGAUGCCUUUUACAUGGAUGCCUAUGAAGUCAGUAAUGCUGAAUUUGAGAAGUUUGUGAACUCAACUGGCUAUUUGACAGAGGCUGAGAAGUUCGGUGACUCCUUUGUCUUUGAAGGCAUGUUGAGUGAGCAAGUGAAGUCUGAUAUCCAACAGGCAGUGGCAGCUGCUCCCUGGUGGUUACCUGUUAAAGGCGCUAACUGGAGACACCCAGAAGGGCCCGACUCUACUGUCCUGCACAGGCCAGAUCACCCGGUUCUUCACGUCUCCUGGAACGAUGCCGUCGCCUACUGCACAUGGGCCGGGAAGCGGUUGCCCACGGAAGCUGAGUGGGAGUACAGCUGUCGAGGAGGCCUGCAAAAUAGACUCUUCCCCUGGGGCAACAGACUGCAGCCGAAGGGCCAACAUUAUGCCAACAUUUGGCAGGGCGAGUUUCCUGUGACCAACACCGGAGAGGACGGCUUUCGAGGGACUGCGCCUGUUGACGCCUUUCCUCCCAAUGGUUACGGCUUAUACAAUAUAGUAGGGAAUGCCUGGGAGUGGACUUCAGACUGGUGGACCACUCACCAUUCUGUUGAAGAAACGAUCAUUAACCCAAAAGGCCCCCCUUCUGGCAAAGACCGGGUGAAGAAAGGUGGAUCCUACAUGUGCCAUAAGCAAAUGCGUAACCGUAUUCAGAUGCUGGCAAGGAAUCAUCUUCCCAACACAAGAUCACUAAGACCUGCAGAGAAGCUGCUUUUGUUUUAGUAAGGAAGCAGGUUAACCCAAGGAGGUCAGAUAAGACAGGCAAAGUGAGUUCUUUUAAUUAAGAGUGUUGUGUUCAUUAUAAAGUAACAAUUACAAUAAUCUCCACAUGUCUACUGCUUUACUUUUUCAUGUAAAGAUAAGAUGAAGCAUUUUGACAUUAUUCCAUUAAUAGCCCCAUUUUAUCGGAAGAGGGAGCAGAUUCAGAAAGGCUUUGCCUAAGGUUAAAUAGCUAAUGAGUCUUGGAUUUUGCCUUUUCAGGUGAGUAAAUUAGUAAAAUGUUUGUCACAAUUUCCACCUGUGUCAAGCCCAACCUCUUUCUGCCAAGUAGACCACCUUUAAUGUGACUCCAUCCUAUUUAUCCACCCACGUUUCCUGCUUUUUAUCAUUUAUCCUCUCUGUGCCACUCAUUGCUUUUGCCUGGAAUUCUCAUUCUCUGAAUCUUUGGGCAGCUCAGCUCUCGCAGCGCCUCAUCAGAGGAGCCUUCCCAGGCCACCUUAUCUAAGUAGCACCUAGUCACGUCUAGUCCUCUCUCCCUAUGUGACUUUCUUCCAAGCUGACCACUGCCAGAAGCACUCUUGAAUUUAUCCGUUUAUUUAUUGUCUGACUACUUAACUCCUUGUUGAAUGUGAGCUUCCCGAUAACGGGUACAUUGUUUUGUUCCGCAUUGCUUCCCUCGUGCCCAGAAUAGCAUCUAGCAUGUUGUAAACUCUCAAAUAUUCAAUGAAUAAAUAAACCAUGCUCUGACACUCUCAGGCUGUGGCCUUGCUAUCCUCUUCACUUGCCUGAAUUUUUCCAUUUUUAUGCCUCUGAUGUUAUUGUUUUCUCCACUUAACAUACCUUCUUUCCUUGUUUCUAAGUCCUGUAAAUCAGUGCUACUCAGUUUGUGGUCCAUGGGCCCGUAGCAUUAGCAGCACCUGUAAGCUGGUUAGAAAUGCAGAUUCUUGGAACCCACACCAGACUUACUGAAUCAGGAUCUCUGGGUUUGUGGCCUAGGAAUAGGUAUUUACAUGAGCUCUCCAGGCUAUUCUUCUGUAUACUCAAGUCGGAAGGCCACUGCCAUAAUCACGUAAAUCCUGCUCUGGCCAAGUUCUGCCUUCAAAAGUCUUUCCUAAAAAAUUAGACAUUUAGUGACUAUUUCCUCCCCUGAAUUAAUAGUAGCCUCAGAAUCUUUUAAUCCUAGCUUGUUUUGUAGCUUUUUGAUGUGUAAUCAUUGUUUCCUCAACCAGCCUGUGAUCUCCAGUGGGACAGUGCGCACAGGAGGCGAUCAGGAAACGCUUGAUUGUUUUUUGUCAUGUGUGGUCCAGUUAUGGAACAAGAAUGUCCCUGUCUGACUGCCUGCCCCCCUGCCCCAAGCUCGAUUCUUGCUCCAAUGUAGAAUUCACUGCACACACUGAGAGCAUGGGGCCCUGCAUUAUCCACAGGAGCUUGAUUCUAAAAAUACCAAAGCACCUUGCUUCACAGCAGCCCAGUGAGUAGGCCCUACAUGGAACAAAGCUUCUGCCGUGUCUUUCUGCAUGGUCACCUCUAGUCAUUUUAGAGCUUCCGUUGCAUCCCAAUCACAGGUAGUAGCAGAUGCCAUCACAUCUUUCAUUAUUUCAGGCAUAUUUUUUUAUUCAUUUUCCCUCUGCCUGCCUGAAUGUUGGUAAUAGUGUUACAUUCUUCACUGGCCACAGGGAAAAUGAGAAAAUUGGUUGCUACUGUUUUGCUAUCUAUAAAAGACAGAGCACCAUGUGUUUUUUGUUUUUUUCAUGGUGGAAGUGCUCCAGAGAAUUCCUUUGUCAGCUCUAGAGAUAAUUUUUAUGAAGAUUAGAAACAUUCAACUUUCGUGAGAGAAAGGAGAAUAAUAAGAAUUAAGGAAAAAAAAACAUCUUUCAUACUGCCCUAUUUUGCCCCUCCACAAAUUCUCUCUGCUUCAUGAGUUCCAAAGUUACUCUACAUGAUUCUUUGUGCAGUUUCUUUAACCAGCGGCGGGGACUUGAGUUUCCCAGCGCCCACUCAGAGUUGAUGCUCUUGGUACACAGGGUAACUAGUUUAUUUUCAUUGUCUGUUAUUUUUGAUCAAAGAUCUUAGGACAUAAGAGUUCCAUGCAUGGUUAUUUUUGGAACGUGGAAGCUUUUGAAGUGUUUGAAUCAAGUCAUCUGUGGUUAUUCACUGACUAUCUAGUAGGUGACCAGGGAUAUGUGUUAGGUUUUCCCUGGUGUGUACAUGCAGGGGACUAUAACAGGGGUGGGACAGAAUCAUGAGUUGUGAUGCCUUUCCAUCUACGAGUAUCGACUGUUGCUAGGCAGGCAAGCACACCACAGUUAGACCUGGGUUCGAAUUCUACUUCUUUUAACAACUGUGUCAUCUAGGGUAACUCAUUUAAUUCCUCUGGCCAUUAUGAUCAAAUCAAAUAAGUGAUGAAGGCGCCUAGCACCAUGCCUGGAGAGCUUGAUGUCUGUGUGUUUGUGCAUAUGUAUAUACCAUACUCUGCUCUUAUAAAAUAAAACAAUACCAAACAAGUCCCCCACACAAAGAUACAUAGCUUUAUGAAUUACUGUGAUUUAAACUCCAAAAGCAAUGUAUUAAGAAAAAAUGUUUUCCACAGCCUUUCCUACUCUUGAUGUUCCUGGGCUUGCUGUUCAAUUUUUUGCCAACCUGUUGGAUAGUAAAUAAUAACUUAAUGUUGCUCUUAAUUAAUAUUUUCUCAAUUGCCAUUUAGCUUUAUUACUUGGUUUCUUGUCUACUUGUCAAAUGCUAUUCUAAAUGUGCAAACGUGCAAAUAACUCUUUAAAUUAUAAAAGUAAUACAUAGUUAUCAUCGGAAAUUUGAAACCCCACUGCCUGAGGAUAACUACGGUUCGGAUUAUGGUGCAUUUUGAAUCUUCCAGUCUGCUUUUCUUUGGCGUACGUGAUUAUCUAGAUUGAGAUCAUAGCACAUAUACAGUUUUGUAUUCUGACUUUUUCAUUUAAGAUUGUAUCCUGAGAAAUUCCUGUGUCAUUAAAUGUUACAUGAAAACAUGCCUUUUAAUGGCUGCUUACGAGUCUAAAUUAUGGAUGCGCCAUAACUUAUGUAACCAUUGGUUGUUACAUUUUUUUAAACUGUUCUAAGUAAUACUCACACCAACAUCUUUGUACUCUAUCUAGUCACGUUUAUAACAGAACACUGGAUAAUGUGGUGAGCUCGCAACGCGCUACCCUUUUCGGAAACAUAGCUGCUAAAUGUGCAGGAGGCGGGUGCCUGUAGGCAGGCACUGUCUGCAGAUAGGCAUAACUCUCUACAGUUGGUACUUGGGUACAACGUCAAUCUGACAGUUGAGAGCCUUCAGCCCAGACUCCAAGAGCACUCAUGUGUCUGGUUCUCUCCGCAAAGUCCUACUGCUACAGGUAUCGCUGUGCUGCUCGAAGCCAGAACACACCUGACAGCUCCGCUUCGAAUCUGGGAUUCCGCUGUGCAGCCGACCACCUGCCCACCACAGGCUAACAGCCACGAAGAGCCUUCCUGAAUCGGAGAAGUCGUGUCUAACCUGCACGCGGCUUCCCUCAGAAGGCUGAACAACCUCGUGUGAAGAAUUCCCAACCCCAGGUGGGUUACAUACCUGCCCAAUGGCCAAAGGAACCGUGUGGCGAGACCAAAUAGCUGACCUGCAUCAGCAAGUGUGCUUUAUUGUGUGGUGCAUUUCAUGUUUUACUUUUGGAGUCUUUUAAAGAGGAAGGCGGUGGAGGGCACCCAGAACUAGGCCUCAGGAGGUCUGCGUUCUACCCAGGCUCUGCCCUUGGGUUAGACCCCAGGGUCCCACACUUGACCUUCCUGGGCCUCAGUGACCUCAUCUGUCCAGUGAGGGGAUGCACAACAUGAUCUCUGAGGCUGUCUCCCAACUCGCAGAUUGUCUGAAUAUAUCAGAUUCUAUUGUGAUUUCAUAGUGAGAGUUUAUGGCAGGUUGUUUUUUAGCUGUUUUUUCCCAUGUGUGAACCUUGGGUAAUAUUAAUCAUGUAAAAUAAUCGUUCUCUUGUAUAUUAUUUUCAGAAAAGAAUGAGGGGGGUGGUGGUGAUGGGUCUUUAUAUUCGUACUGCACUUUGUUUUUUCAAGGAAAUCAGUGUCUUUUACAUUGUUAUAAUGAAUUCCACUUGGGCCAGUGAUGGUGCGCUCAAGUUCAGCAGUCCGAACACGCAGGGAUGUCUGUGAGGUGACUUUACUGUGCUUUAUAUUUUAACAUUAAGUGCCUUUGGUUCAGGGGGGCAGUUACAAGCCCUAUUUCCCCUCUCCCCAAAGCCUUUGGUGAAUGUGAAAUGUUUGCUACAUGGAGAAACCUGUUUAAUUCUAAAUGUAGGAGAAAAAAACCAAGAACCUUGAAUUAACUGUAUUCAGGGUAUCCAGUAUUUUGUAAUAGGGAAGUAGGAAACCUUGUUGGCUGUGGAGUGUCAGAUGCUUCAGAUCAUGCACUGUGUCGAAUAAAGUGGUAUCUGCUAAAUCAGGCUUCACUCUCAUUGUUUCCUUUUCUCUUUCCCUCUAUUAUGUUUUCUUUUAAAGAAAUGACUUUGUGAUAUGUAUGUGUUUUGUUUGCUAGAAAACUUUCUUGUUGUUUAGCUAUUUGAUAACUUGGAUAUUUGAGCAGUUUGUGGGAAUUUUUAUUCCAAAAAGCAAGGCUGUUCUGCCAGGAACCUAAUUAUGACCGUGCUUCUUCGUGCCUCAGUAGAUGAGACAAGGUCAAGGGCGGCGCCUCCAUCCUGUGAAACGCAACAGCUGCUUCACAUGCCGGGAAAGCACCUUGACUUAGAGUGAUGGCUUCCAGCCAGAAGUCCCUGUCAUCACGAUCCCAGCCU